AAAGGGCACAAUGGUAUUCACAGGGAAGCAGCGGCUGUUCGUUAUGGAAAGUUACGUGACAACGAAGUCGUGAAACGGUGUGGUCAGCAGUUCGGUGCAAAGUUUAAUGGCGUGAAAGUGCCAGCGAAGAGUGCCUGCCAAAGCUUAGUCCGAAAAUGGCGUCAGACAUGAUCUGCUUGGACAAGUCAACAUUCCGAAACGUACCCGCAAACCAAAAAAUGUGGUUGCAGUUCACCAGAAAAUGCUUCCGAGUUCUACCAAAUCAACCCGACGCCUUUCGCAAGAGACUGGCAUUUCACGUCGAUUAUGCGGACGAAUACUCCACCCAGACCUGCGCACGCAUCGCUACCGAGUGUCUGUUGUUCGUGAAUUAAAACCAGUUUCGUGAGUGGCGCUUCGUUGAGGUAACAAUGAAUAGCUUGGACAUGGAUCUGUUCUUUAAGUCUGUUGGAGCCUGGUUUCACAUCAGUGGUUAUGUCAACUCACUGAGUCACAGGUUCUGGGCAGCGAAGAAUCCGCAAAACUCCCACGAAACACCAUUGCACAUGAUCAUAAGGUUGUGUUUUGAUGUGCAGUGUCUGCACGCCUCUUUAUUGGUCCCACCUUCUUUCAUCAGACGCUGACUUCGGCGCAUUACAUUGCCAACAUUUUGAAACUAUUUGUGGCAGCAUUAACAGAGGAGCAAAAAAACCCACAGUUACUUCCAACAGGAUGGAGCAACUACCCAUACAGCCGGCCGAACCUUGGAGUAUUCACGCCUGAUAUGGUUGUUAGCAGAGGUCAAUCUGGUCGCGAUCCUAGCUGGCCACCCAGGUCACGUGAUCUGUCAGUGUGCGAUUACUUUGUGCGGGGAGUCCUCAAGACUAAGGUGCAUCGCAACAACCCUCACAGUCUUCAAGAACUGCAGCAGAACAUUUCGGAUGACAUUGAAGCAAUUCCAGUAGUCCAGCUUCGAUCCGCCGUCAGCAGCUUGGUGACCAGGGCACAUAAGUGCCAAGAGAUGAAUGGUGGUCACUUUCAACAUCUACUACAGUCAGAUGACAAUGCGCGACCACGUUGGAUAGCGCAGGUGAUGGAUCUCUUGAAACGAGAGGGUAUUCGGUGAAUGGACUGGUCUGCACGUUCCCCGACUUAAAUCCAAUCGAGUACGUAUGGGGAAGCGUACUGCAGCACUUGUACAUCCACCAACGACCAUCCAGCAGUUUUCAAAUGCUUUGGUGGAGGAAUGGAACGCCGUACCAC